AUGUGUUGUAAAUCUGGAAAAAUAAAGUUAGCAUCAGGUGACGCCCCAGCUUUGAGAAAUCUAUUCAUAAGAAACGAUAACAUAGGAAAAGACUUCCGUGAAAAUAUCAGAGCUUACAACAGUAUUUUUGCUUUCACUUCUAUGGGUAUAAAAUUUGAUGAAGAUCUUGCAAAUGGUAAAGACGGUGUCUACACAUUCCGUGUCCAAGGUGAAAUUUAUCAUUCAAUAGGGUCACUUCUCCAGGUUGACGGAAUACCUAGAUUUCUUCAAAUGUACAUAUACGAUACUGAAUUUGAAACGAUGAAUAGACUUUCAAAAAUGCCUAAACUUCGUCCAGAAACUUUAGAAUAUAUAAAAGCAUUAAUGGACCAAUUAAACCCUUUCAUAACCAAUUUUCGUUCAAUUUCGUUGAACAAUAACAUAAGUAAUCUAUACUUACUUAUCAGAGCCGAUCAUAAGCUAGACCAACGAGUAUAUAAUAGACCAACAGCUUCGCAAGUAGCUGCAAUAUGGGUGGAAGGUCUACAAGAUUCACUACAAGCUGGACUAUCAAAUGCAUCGGACGUAGGGCGACAUGUUGUUUUGCCAUCAUCAUUCAUGGGUGGACCCUGUGAUAUGUACCAACGUUACCAAGAUGCGAUGGCAUUAGUACAGACCUAUGGAAAACCAGACAUAUUUAUUACUAUCACAUGUAACCCUCGGUGGCCCGAAAUUAUAAAAGAACUUAUGCCAUUACAAACUCUACAAGACAGACCAGAUCUUGCAGAUAAAAUACAUAAUUUAGUUAUAUUUGUUUAA